AGAUCAAUUAACUCUCUUUAUUUGACAAGGUUUUUGUUUUACUGUUCUAUUUAACUUUUAUCUGUUACAUAUGUUCUAUAACAACGGUGUCUUCAUUCGAACAACUCAGAACUGUACACUGAAAUGCCAUUAUUAUAUACUUUGUCAAACAUACUGUUUUUCACUUGAUCCUUUGAUAAAACUAAACCAGACUCUGUGUUGUACUCAAAAGCAACCAAUGUGUUUGUACCUCAAAUACCUAUAUACUGUCUCUCAUUAACGCACAGUGGUUGAAAUCUAGAGUGAACUCAAGCACAUUUACCUGCUAAAUGAAAUUGUGUUUAUUUUGGUUUCAUGUACUAUGUAAAAAGGUUAUCUAAGCCUACUUUUGUUGGGUAAUACUUUUUCCGGAUCCAACACAUUGCUUGGUACAUUUCAGUGCAAUAGAUGCUGCAACAAGGGAACGGUAUUGGCAUCAAAGCACAAUUAGUCAAAAAGUAGUGCACUAUAUAGAGUGCCAUUCGCGACUUUUCUAGGCAGUUAUUUUGGAACUAGUAAACAUACCUAUAGACACAAAAUGAGUUAUGAAAGGUAGGGUGCAAGUACUGGUUGUCAGUAGAAGUAUGAUUUAGGUUAUGAUUAGGAAUGAAAUACGCAAAGGAGGGUUAGUCAAACAGGAAUUGGAUAUUAUUUAAUCCAACUUGGAUGUGAUAAACAACUCCCUCUCUCUAGAAACAUGUUUACGCUAUGCUACCUGGAAUUAAAUAACCCAGAAAUGCGCAUCUGAUAUUGUUACAUCCAUAUUUGAAUGGUACUUUUACCACCAUGAAGUAUGUUUUAGACUUAUUUACUUAAGUGAGACACCGUGAAAUGUGUAGUUUAUUCUAACUGGCCUAUAAAAUACAUUUCAUAGUCUCCGUGAGGUGACGUGUUAACACAGCCACGUCCCCAUAGUGCAUUGCGCUGUAAGUGCAUUGCGCUGAUACGGUGCGUUACAGCGCAACCGUCUAAAAGCUGACGUAGACUUUUUGAAGGAAGACGUGUCUGCAACAACUGCUGAAAUAACUAGCUGCACAAUUCUUUUGUCGUGUUAAAGACUUUUUGAGAAAUCAACCAUGAUGAUCAGAAUAGCCGCGUUUCUUGCUCUUGUCUGCUUGUGCACAGGUGAGAGCUGUUCAGAACCUGUGAUCACCCCCUCUGCCUACACCACCUCUGAUGCCGUCAUCUCCUCUGAGUCUGUUUUUAUCGUGGAGCUCAGCCUGGCCUGCGCCAAUGGAGCCCAGAGUGUGGCUCUGUAUGCUGACGUCAAUGGCAGACAGUUCCCCGUGACCAGAGGCCAGGAUGUUGGCAAGUACCAGGUGUCUUGGAGCAUGCCCCACAAACAGGCUAGCUCCGGUACAUACCAGGUCAAAUUCUUCGAUGAGGAGUCCUAUAGCUCUUUGCGCAAGGCCCAGAGGAACAAUGAGGAUAGUGACUCCAUCCAGCCUCUCUUCUCUGUCAACGUGGAUCACAGGGGUGCAUGGAACGGCCCGUGGGUGGCUACUGAGGUUAUGGCUGCUCUCAUCGGUAUCCUGCUCUACUACCUGGCCUUCAAUGCUAAAAGCACCAUCCAGGCAUAAAGGACUGCAAGUCCCACAAUUCUCUGCAACUGGAACUCUAAAAGACUGUUGAAUUCUGGUGUGACUGUUCUACCAAUCCAGAACAACAAUUUGCCACCAUCCAUUUCGAGAUGCGGAACUAGUUGUUUUAUAUUUUGUAUUUUUUUAAGCAGAAGAAGCCAUUGCAUUUUCUCAAGUUGUGGUAAAAAUUGCACACCUCAAUCAAACCCGAUGUACCCCACUAACUGAAUUGAGCACAGUAAUUUUGUGUUCAAAAGCCAACCCAGGUCCUGAAAGUUAAAGGAUUGUUUCUAUAUGCCAACACUGACUUCCUUUCACAGCCUCAGGCUUAUUGUUUACCUACCGGACUUGGCAUCUGAGAGACAAGAAUACGUGUUCAUCAUUCUGUGAUCUUUCUUGUGAAGGACCUUCAUUGGUACUGAUACUACACAGUCUAAAAUGACUGGUUCUGUAUCUACAAUAGUCUGAGUAGGAGUGCUGAUCUAAGAUCAGUUCCCCCAUUUUCUAUUCAUUAUGAUCUGAAUAGCAAUACUGAUCCUAGAUCAGCACUCAUACGAUGAGAUACUGUGAAUAUGGACACUGGUGUUUAAGAGUCUGAUGCCACUGUGGAUUUGGGAGUUGCUGACUGGCUGUGUCUUACCUACAGUACAUGGAACUGUUGCACUGGCUGGCUGAAGAGGCCAAAUAUUCAAGAAUUGAUGAUUAUUUGUGCUUGGUGGUCAAAUGAAUAAAUGGUUUGCUUUUCUCUA